AUGGAUUUGUUGGCUUCGUUUUCAUCUAGUGAUGAUGAAUUAUUUAUUAUUGAUGUUUUACAAUUGCUACCAAUACCACGAUUUUUUCGAGACAGGUCUAAUCCACUGACAGAUUAUGAUGAUGUAGAUUUUAAACAAAGAUUCAGCAAAUUCGCCGAGUGCGACAUAAAUGACGAGUCAGUAAACUGCGAAUCGUUACACAAUAUAUCUCAAAAUACACUACGAAAUGUAUCAUUGUCACCAAUGUUACAGCUUCUGAUAGCCCUAAGAUAUUAUGCUACAGGUGCUUUUCAGGCAGUUUUAGGUGAUCAUAUACAUGUCCACAAAUCGACAGUUUUCCGUGUCAUUAAAAAAGUUUCUGAAGCUAUUGCAUUUCUAAAACCUAAAUAUAUACAAAUGCCAAGAUCACAAACUGAAAUCGACUUAGUUCAACAUGAUUUCUUUUUAACACGUAAUUUUCCAAAAGUUAUUGGUGCAAUUGAUUGUACCCACAUAAAAAUUCAGUCUCCCAAUAGUGACAUUGGAGAGAAAUUCCGUAAUAGAAAAGGAUUCUUUUCUGUUAAUGUACAAGCAGUGUGUGAUGGGGGUUAUGCUUGUAGAAAUUAUAUGAUGACACCACUUGGAAAUCCUACAAGUGAAUCAGAACUACGAUAUCAGAAAGCUCAAAUUGGUACUAGGAAUGUCAUAGAGAGAACAUUUGGUGUAUGGAAGAGGCGGUUCCCAGUUUUAUCUCUAGGAAUACGAACCCAAAUACAGACUACUCUUACCACAAUUAUCGCUACUGCAGUGUUGCACAAUAUGUUAAUUGCAGCAAAUGAACCACUGGUUAUAGACGAAACACUACUUACUGCUGAUAUGCUGGAUCAAGUUCCAGUAUUAAGACAUUUAAUUGAAACUGUGUUUAAUUGA